AUGGAAGAUUACAAGUUUACUAUAACUCCUAUGAAUCAAAAUAAGAAGUUUUGCAAAGAAGAUGGAGACGAAAAUAUUGAUAAAGGACUUUACAGGAGUCUUAUAGGUUGCUUAAUGUACUUGACUGCAACAAGGCCGAAUAUUGUUAAUGGUGUGAGUUUACUUUCAACAUAUAUGCACUGUGCUAGCGAAAUUCAUUUUCAAGCAGCUAAAUAUGUGAUUAGAUAUGUCAAAGGUACUAUUAAUUUUGGUAUAAUAAUCAAAAAGACAUCAGAUUUUAAGUUUCAUGGAUUUUCUGAUAGUGAUUGGGUUGGUUGCUCAGAUGAUAUGAGAAGCACCUUAGGUUACUAUUUUAGUUUUGGUUCUGGAAUAUUCUCUUGGUGUUCAAAGAAACAAGAUGUUGUGGCUCAAUCUAUAGUUGAAGCAGAAUACAUUGCAGCUGUUUUAGCUAUGAAUCAAGUCCUUUGGAUUUGA